AUGCCUAAAAAAGGUGGAAAGAAGGGAGUUCCCAAUGUUACUAAUGAAAUGCUUGAUGCUUUAGUUGAAGCAAUCGAGGGAACAUCUUCUGUUAAUACGAAAAAAAAUUCGAAGCAAGGAAUGACCAAAAAACAGGCCAUGGCACUUGGUGAGAAAAAAGUAAAUGAGGCUAUUUAUAAGGUUGUAGGAAAUGAUGAAAUUCAAUUUGAUGAAGAACGUCUGAGGAUGGCUUUAAUGACACAACGACUUAUGCAGGAAAAAGCUAUUCGUGAUGCUCAAUAUGUUAACGUUAUUAUUCCUUUGAAAGAAGAACAAAAAUGUUGGCAAGAAGUUGGACCUAAUAAAUACAUUCGUUAUGAACAAUUUGAUGGAAGUGAUGAUGCAAUGGAAUUUAUUGUGAAACUUUUUUCAAAGGAACUUACAGAACCAUACAGCAGUUUUACAUAUGAAUACUUUGUUUUUGGUUGGCCUGAUCUCACAGUUAUUACAUAUGGUGUUGAAAGUGAAACACUUCCUGAUUCUUCUGUUAAGGGUGAACGUGUAGGAGCAGUGGUUUCUCGUGUGAAACGAAAGGGGCCAGGUUGUCCCCUCAGAGGCUAUGUAGCUAUGAUCGCGGUGGUUCCCGAAUUCCGCAGAUUUAAGUUAGGAACUCGUUUGGUCGCUCUUACCAUUGAACUCAUGAAGGAGAAGGGUUGCGAAGAAGUUUAUUUGGAAACUCCUACCAAUAACGAGCGGGCUCUUUCAUUAUAUUUGAACUUGGGUUUUGUAAAGACGAAAUUUCUUCCCCGUUACUAUCUUGAUCACUCUGAUGCAGUUCGCCUAAAAUUAUGGGUUGGUGAUGACGCUUCUCCUGAUGAAGAAGAAGUUGUGAUUUCAUAA